GAUUGGAGAGGGCAAGACUAAUAAAAGUUAUUUCAAGUUCAUGAACAUCGGACAACACAUUAUAAGAAGCCCCCGGCCCAACGUUUUACUUGCGUCCAUCGAAUUCAUAACGGUUCAAAAGUGAAGAAGAAGUAUUCAUGUUUUAUAAGUCUAAAGAAACUAAUAGAUAGCAAACAUGGAGAAGUGCAUAAAGUGUAGGAUCGGUCGGACAGGACUUCGAUUAUUGGUAGUUGCAUUGGUCAUCGUGGUUAAUUCUUCGGAAUAUGUCACGGAUGUCAUGGAGCAGACAUCAGGAACCGCGAUCACAGAUGUAGAGGUGCCAUGGCCGACGUCAUCAUCCGAGAAUAGUUGGGCCAACUUUGCAGCUACAGUGAUCAUCCAGAGGACAUCACCAUCUAAUGAAAUGGUGGGUAACACCGUACGUCCAUUGCUGGAGAACUCUCUGACGUCUGACCGAGGUCAAAGACAGUCAGCAGCCGUUCAAGUCUUUAGCAGCCACUCGACCACGGUUUCUUUCAAUGAUCUGCUGACUGAUUUAGAUGCCACGGGGAGUGGUGAAUGGCGAUGGGAAUUUUCUUGGGAUUGGAACAUCAUCAUGCAACUGAUUCUCUCCCUGGUAGGUGUCUUUGGCAAUGCUAUGGUAAUCGCUGUCAUUGGGGUCCGCAAAUUCAACUCGAAUUCGACAGAUGUCCUCAUCCUAGCCCUAACCAUCUCCGAUCUGCUGACAUCUUUGUGCAAUAUCCCAAUUCCUCAGGCAUCUCAGGUUCCCGCUUCAAUCCUAGGAGCGUUGUACUGCCGCAUCAUCCUCUAUGGGUUCCUCACUUGGGUUUGUGUCAUUACUUCUACAGUCAUUCUUGUGGGAUUGUCCGUGGAGCGUCUGGUUGCUGUCCGCUACCCCCUUCGCUUCCGUAAAAUCUUCUCCAUCCGGCGCGUUUACAUCUUCAUCGUCUCAACAUGGUUGUUCUCCCUACUCUCCUGCUCCUAUUAUUUCAUUGAUAUCAAGCAGAUGCUGGAUGAGAACUUUUCCGAGGAAAACAAUUGUGUCGCGACUGCCUCCAAUGUCCCGUCGCGACUGAGGCAAUUGAAAGUGUUCACUUCAAUCAAUUUUGUGAUACGUUUGGUUAUUCCAGUGGUCCUGAUGAUCUUCACCCAGAUUGCAAUGGCCUAUUCUCUCCAUCUGCAGUCCCGUCGCCACGAUAAAACCAUGUCUCAGAAAUCCGGUCAAUCAUUUCACAUCAGGGCCAGAAACCGCAUCAUCAAGGUGAUGAUCACUGUAGUUAUUGCGUUCAUAAUCUGCUGGGCACCAAGCCAGAUCGCAUGGGUAGUCAUCUCCUUUAACGGAUCCGCUAAAGGCUACCUUGAUAGCACCCUCAGGGAUAUCCUCAAUCUCAUCACUUUUAUAAACUCUUCAAUCAACCCAUUCAUCUACACAUCUCAGUACCCUAAAUUCCGUGCUGCCAUUAAAGAAAUUCUCAUCGGUAAGCCUAAAAACAACGCACCACUCUUUGCAGCGAAUGUAUAAUUCUCUUUCUAAACAUCUGACUAAUGUCAUUUAACAAUAGUAGGCCUAUGCCUAUAAGUACUUUUAAUUCAUUGAGUACUUCUUUUGUUGUAGACUGUAGAUCUUGGAAAGAAUUAAUUUAUGAGGGAGUGCCUCAGGGGUAGUUUUUUGACCCAAUUUAUUUUUAUUGUGUAAGAAUGAUUUUGUCAGUCAGUGAAAGUUAUUUUUAUCUCGACAUUCUCAAUUCAUCAUUCUCUCAUAGUUUGGCAGAUGAGGAGAUGAAUCAUUAUGAACAAUUUUCUUGUAAGAGACUCUUCUUACAAAAGUAUUAUCUUAGGUCCAGGGGCAAAACAAGCACUUUUGGAUAUUGAUCUAAUUUAGUUUGUGAUAAAAUAGUCUGUGUGCUAAAACUAUUGGAAGCAAAAAAAAAUUGAUCUAAAAAAAACAUUGCAAGUUUGUUUUGUUCUCUUUUAUUAUAGUCCAGGAAUAAUAGC